AUGACUGUGUCUUCACGUGGUGUGAUGGCUAUGUGUGGUACGAGAAAGGGUAUCAGUCCCACAGAGGACAGAUAUGAUAAGGACCUGGCAGGAGAGGAGAGAACUCAAAAGUCAGACUGGAGCCAGCGGCAUUUGGCGGUGCGCGCCUACCGAGGUCAGCAAGAUAACAGCUGUUUGCUCGACCCUCCAGGCUGCAAUAGCUCUGAGGUGGUGAGGGUGGCGGAAGAGGCCCUGGAGCAGAUCAACCAGGACCGGACACACGGAUAUAUCCUGAGCCUGAACAGACUGUACGACCUCUCUCACACUCCUGAGAAGGAGAAAGGUGGGUCACUCUAUAAAUUGACCAUUGAUGUCAUGGAGACCAAAUGCCACAUCAACAGCAGGAAACCAUGGAAACAAUGUGAAGUCAGAGAUAUUGCUGAUGUUCCAGUGUAUGGAGAAUGUGAGAUAUCUGCCUACGUCGACUCUCAAGUCAAACUUCAACACUACUCCUGUGCAAUUCGUGAAGUUCCCGCCACUGCAGUGGUGGACGUGUGUCCGGACUGUCCCACAGCUGACAACCUGAAUGAGCCCGUCGUCAAGGAGACCGCCAAUCUCUCUCUGCAGAGGUUCAACGAAGAGAGCCACCUGACCAACUACUUUACUCUGGAGAACAUCACAAAAGCCAGUUCACAGUGGGUAGUUGGUCCAUCCUACUUUGUGGAGUUCACCAUUGUGGAGACGGUGUGUUCAAAGAAAACAGAUGCCAGUGAACUGAGUGACUGCCGACCUAUGGACUGUCAAUUUGCUCAUAAAGGCUUCUGUUUGGGCUCACACGUAGCCAAUGAGGACGAGUUUGAAAUCAGACUACCUGUUGGAAAGAAGAACAGCUCAUUUCGGAAGCCUGUAGAGGUGAAGUGUGAGAUCUACGAACCUCAGGCUGCCGCUGUGGAGGAGCAGGCCCAUGCGAAGGCCGACAGCGGGCACACUGAGCAUCAGCACGACAACCACACACACCUGCACCCCCAUGAGCACAUGCACUCAGUCACACCCAGCUCAGACCUCACUGUCUCCAAGCCACGGGGCUCCCUCGGGACUGUGGUGAAUAAGCCUGCUCCUCUAAGGUCUUCCCCAGCAGCCAGCUCCUGCCCCGGCCCGCACAGACACAAUCUGGGUUUGGGAAAACUCCGGCUCUGAUUGGCUGGGCCAGGAGAGUUGAUCAGUUACUCAAGCUACAUUUUACUGCAUGUUGUAAUUAGUUAAGAAAGACAAGAAAUUGUAACUUAAAGUAAAAUAUGGGAAGAAAAUAAGGUAUACCAACAAUAAUCAUUGUAAAUAAUC